CCCUUCGUCUCUAUGCGCUUCGCGACAUCUCUCUGCAGCUGGUGGUGCUCGUGGAAUAGCUCCGUUAGGUUCUGUCAGGGCUGAAGCUGAGAGCAAAGAAAACAACGUCUGUUUUCUGAACGCUAACUAUCUUGAGCCUGUGUCAGCCUUUGGCGGAGCCUCUGAAGUCAUCUGCGCAGCUUGGAGGCGAGGAAUCUGUUCGCGGUCAUCUGGCUAGGUUGCCACCAUUUCCGAACAUCCCCUGCCGAGUCACUUCGCUGCAAGGCAUGCACGUGCUCUUAUGACGGCUGCUGUCCGACGAGCCAUCCUUCAUCAAGGACUCUGGUCUUCAGCCUCCAGUCGUGGAAUCUCUUAGUAGCGACUGUGCCUUCCGUGGAACUAACUCGGGAACAAUGGAUCCGACCGUUGUGAUCAACACACUUGAUGAGGAUGAGCAGAAGCCUGCAAAGCCAGCAGAGAUGCUUGUCUUCGAUGAUUCUGCCCACCUUAACAAAGUGCUUAUGAACUUGAACAAGCUGCGCAAGAACAAGCAGUUUUGCGAUGUUGUUUUACAUGUCGGUUCGGGUCAGGACAUGCACGAGAUAUAUGCACAUCGUGCUGUGGUAGCCAGUGUGAGUCCUUACCUGUUCGAACUGCUGGCCCAGAAAACCAAGGGCACACUGCAGAACCAGUGCAAGAUCAAUGGGAACUUUGACAUUAGUGCUUUUGAACGACUCGUGGACUAUGCCUACACAUCCAGGCUGGAAGUACCCAAAUCAAAAAUGAAAGCCAUGUACUUGGCAGCUGCAAAGCUGAAAGUACAUCCAGUGACCAAGUAUUGUGGGAAGUACCUUGUGGAACACCUAACCCCUGACAACUGCACAGGAGUGCGGGCCAUUUUGGUGGAGUCCAUGGACCAAGAGCUAGUCGCAGAAGUGGAUGCGUACCUGCGAGAGAACAUAGCCGAGGUGGUGAAGAGCAAGGAGCUGCAGAGCCUGCCCCACAUCCAGGUGGAACUAGUGCAGCACAGCAGCUGCGAAAUGGAUGCUACAAACAACAAGCACCUUUGCCAUAUGGUUCUCGACUGGAUGCGCUCUUCUUUUGACCAGGAGGGAGUCCUUAUGGAGACCCUCACCGAGAAGGUGCACAUGCUCUACCUUAACCUUGACCGCACGUUACAUGACUGCAAUGACAUUGAAACUGGAGAUGCAAAGGACACUGAGCUGAUCCAAGACUACAAGCGUCUCUCCCGUCGAUUGUCACAACCAAAGGGCAACAAGACUAAGGGCCGCUCGGGCAUCACAACGCCAGCAAAGCCGCGUCAGUUCCUUUACACCCGCUCAGAUUCCAGUGGAUCUUCGUCGUCUGAUGAGGAAGAUCGUGAUUGGAAGAUCAUUGCAACUACAGCCACUGGAGCCCACAGUACGAUGGGCCUGGCUGUUGUGUCAGGCACCAUGAUCGUACUGUCAGUGGUGCAGAGGCUUAAUGGUCCAGCCAGCACUGGUGACAGCUCACCUGAGGUUUGCAACACUGCGGCAGGAUACACCACAAUGCCUCCCAUGAUGAGCUCUCGGUGUGGCAUGGGAACAGCUGAGUUCCAAGGCAGGCUGCUUGUUUGCGGUGGAUACGAUCGUGGAGAGUGCUUGCGCACUGUGGAGGCCUACAACCUGGCCACAAAUCGCUGGAGCUCCUUGGCCCCCAUGCAGACCCCACGGGGUCGUGUUGACGCCACCAUUUUGCAUGGCCUCGUCUAUGUGAUAGGAGGCAGCGAUGGCUCCAAGGAGUUGGCAUCGGCUGAGGUGUUCAACGGCUCGACCUGGAGCACUCUGCCACCCAUGCCUGUUGCACGAUCCAAUGCUGGCGUCUGUAACCUGGACAACAAGGUCUUUGUGGUGGGUGGAUGGAAUGGCAAGCGUGGCCUGUCGUGCUGUGAUGUCUUUGACCCUCUCACCAAAGCUUGGAGCAGUGCUGCUCCUAUGCUGCUAGGGCGCUACCAAGCAGGAGUGGCUUGCUUGAAUCGAGAGGUGUAUGCUGUUGGUGGCUGCGACUCCUGGACAUGUGUGGCCUCAGUGGAAAAGUACAACCCAAUAACCAACACUUGGAUGGAGAUGGCAUCGCUGCAGAAUGCCAGGAGAGGCUGUGGAGUGGUGGAGUAUAAUGGCAAGCUUUACGCAGUUGGUGGCCAUGACGGGGUGCGCUCCCUCUGCAGUGUCGAAGUGUAUGAUGCACAGACCAACAAUUGGAGCCCAGGCCCCUCAUUGACCAGCUGCCGUGCUAACGUGGGCGUUGCCGUAGUAGGUGGCCGGCUCUUUGCUGUGGGUGGCUUCAAUGGCAAGGCUUUCCUCAACACUGUUGAAUUUCUCGAUGUCCGUACCAAUGAGUGGACCACAUUUGUGGCCAAGUCGGAGUCCCAGCAGCCGGUACCCCACAUUGCGGAGGAUGACAGGGACUCUUCACGUGAGGGCUCUGCUGAGGAGUGCCGUUAGCAGUCGUCGUCAGUCCCCUUUGUCACCUGUGUAUUUGCUGUGCUCCCUGUGGCCACUGCUGUUGUCUUUGUUUUAUGAAUCUGUUAUAUGUGCAUACAUCUGUGUGCUACCUGAUGCACACCACUUCAUUUCCAAUGUUUUUAUGGCAAUGGGAGGUGUGCUGUGUACCAAUUAGCCUUCAAGAUUAUUGGCUGUCAUUUUCAACCAAUAAAUGGCAAGAACAACUUGCCUUUCUUUUUUAUAGAAGCACAGCUGUUAUGGACAGCAACAUCAGUUUAAGUAUUGACAAGGUUCUCUCAAUUGGAAGUCAAUUUUACAUGAUCCUGUUAAUUGCUGUACUUACAUCAGUGGCCUGGAGUGACUAUAGUUAAGGGAACAACUACUAUUUCCUGCAACAGACACAAAAGCCUGCUCACACUAUAUUGAGUUAGUCAUAGCUAUCUAAAGCAUACUUUGUCAAACUCCUGAACAAAGUAUAGUUAUUUUGUUUAAUUAUUCCCAGAAGUGAUAGUGUGUUCCUUAGUUCCUUGACCUCUUGCCUCAAGAUCUGUCAAAUUUUUUCUUUGCCUGUCCCAGAACUGAAGAUGUUGAUUAGCUGGUUCUCAUAUUUUACACUAAAGGGCAAGCAAAUUGGGUGAACAGUGUACAAAAACAAAUUUUGUUAGCAUUGACAAAUGUUUUGCUCUGGCUGUUGCAGUACAUUUAAUUUCAUAUGUUGUAUGUUUUACAAAAAUGUGGUUAGUCACUUUUUGCUUAUUGCAGACAGAAGGCAGAGGUAGGUCUUAAGUGGUACAUGUAGUUGGAUGUCUGCCAUAAAAGAAAUCAGUUUUGCCUGUUCAUUAAUAUAAUUGUUGAGUACUAAGAUGCUUUAGACAUAAGUGCUCCAAAUUAUCGCAUAGUCUGCCUGUAUGAAUUGCUCAAUAGUGCUACAUUUUUGUUCAUAUACUCAAGCUGCAACAUAUGUCUAGCUGUGAAUUUCUUGUGAUCAGAUAUAUUAUACCUUGCUGAAAGCAGGCCUGUUAGUUGUACAUAGACCGUUACAAUUCAGUUGUCAGAUGGUCUUCGGGUGUUGUUGCUUAACAAACUACUGUGUUGACUAUUCUAACAAAGGAAGCAGUGAUGACAGCCAUUAUUGCGUUAUGGUUACAAAUGUGAGUACUGUUGAAGUAAACUGAGAGCCAGAAACUGGUACUGGCACAAAUAUACAUUUUGGGUCUGUUUUCCAGUUAAAUUGAAAAGAUAUCAACACGGACCAGAUUAUUUUUCCUAUGAACUCUGCAUUUAUGUAUCUCCUGUCCUCCUUGCCUUUGUUAAAAGCAAAUGGGCUGCCAUGCAUCUAGUAGCAUGGUAGCCCCAUCUCUUUGCCACUACUGUUUCACAUGUCUUUCCCGUCCUUGAAAGAUGAACAAUCAGGAUCAAUGCGACCUGACCAUCUGUUGACCGUACCCUACUGUACUCACUGCCUUUUAACCCAAAGGUCAUGUGCCUGAAUGCUGUGAGAGCACAUUUUGCUGCACUGGAAAACUUUGUAUGUUUUCUUAUGUCAUGUUUACCAUAUAAAUUGGCUACAGAAUGCCAAAACUUGCCCAAGUAUUACCAUUUCCAGCCUUGGGUAUUUCGAAAAGCUGGCAAGGAGGUGCGAGAGCCUGGUUUCUACAAAUGCAGUUUACUGUUAAUUAUUUCCUAUAUGCUUAAGGUACAUGACAGAAUAAAGUGACCAUUUUGUACUCUCGGGGAUCAUUGUUAAAAGGGAACAGUGUAUUUCCUUCUUUUGGAAUGUGUACCGGCAUAAUAUGCAGACAUGUUUCCCAUAUGGCUAUAUGGAAAUGCAUAUAUAAAUAAAGUGUACAUAAUGUA